CUCUCAACAUCCUCACCAGUCGUCCGUGUGCACGCGUGCGCCGCCUUCCCUUUAAUUCCUUAUUUGCUUUUAGGUUUUUUUUUUGCUCCAUCUUAACGCGGAAGUCAGUGACGCACCACUACACACAGCUGCUCAGUUGGGGCAGUGAAAUAAACACCACAUCGUCAUUCGGUGCCAAAUAUCCUGCUGUGGGCGGCGUGUGUGAGGUGUCGCAGUUUUGGACCAUCAUGCCCUUUGCUCUGGCAGUGGGACAGGAAGUGUGUGUGUGAGCGUCCCUGCUUGGCUCUGCUGGGAUGAAUAUGCCACUGCACCAAAUCUCUGUCAUCCCCCGUGAUGUCACUUCAUCGCGGGUGUCCGGCAGCUGUAAAUCUAAGGACAAGGACAAGCAGAAUGAAAAGCCUCUGGGUCAUUCUGCAAGCAGGUCCAGCAAUAUAUCAAAGGCAGGGAGCCCAACUUCAGUCAACGCUCCAUGCAGUUUCUCGAGGACGUCGGUGUCCCCCUCCAGCCAGGACAUCUGCAGCAAUACAGAUCACAGUCAGGAUCAGGACUCUCAGAAGCACACUGCGGUGGUUCUGGUGAAUUCUAACAGUAAAGCGUGUCAAGGCUCAGGAGGUAUUUCAGUGACCACCCUCUGCACAGAUGUCCUGCCCACUUCCAAACAUGGCAAACAACAAGACUGGCUCUCUCUGCUCCGGCCCUCCUCUGUCAAUAUCCAGCCUAACAGCUCACUCAGGUUUUCUGUCUCUCUGAAUGAUAUGGGCCAGCGUGUGAAUGAUCUCUGCCAUGGCCUGCACUUCAUUGAUCGACCUUGCUCUGAGGGUGAGCUGGAGUCAAAAACCAGUCUUGCUCAGCCUCCUGCCUCCAUUCAGAGGGUACACACACUAAAUGGCAAGCUGGCUGCAGCAUCCGCACACCAGAACCGAAAUCUAACCUUCUCAACUCACACACACCCCCAUCUUGUCUCCUCUUUCACCAACAACUACAAAUAUAUGUUGGGUAUCCCUGCUGCCAGUUGUCUCCUAUCUGACCCUGCCAUCAUCAGCCCUCCUUCUCUUUCCAACGCUCACCUCCACCCUCAUCACUCCCAAAGUACCAACUUCCUUCGCGUCAUCCUCCCCUUUUCUCAAUCCUCUGCCUCAGCUAGCCUGCAGUGCCCUCAGCUGGGCAGCUAUGCCUCUCACCUCCACAUCACCUCUAGCACCCUGCUGGAAGGCAGUGAGGGAGGGCUUCCCCCUGAGGAUUUGCUGGGUGAUGACGAUGUGUUUGAGGAGGACUGGUACAGUUCAGAGCCAAAGGGAACAGUCGAGCUUGCAACCCCAGAAACGGUCACCGUGACUGGGCGAGGUGCUCUUCUAGCCCCCUUGUGCCAUAUGGAUGAGGACAUUGACUUGGACUGCUGCCCAUCCCCUUUGUCAGAGAAAACUGGGCCGCUGUCACCCUAUUCUCUGUCUGGUGACUGCUGCAGAAUUUGUCACUGUGAAGGGGAUGACGAGAGCCCUCUGAUCACACCGUGCCACUGCACGGGGAGCCUGUGCUUCGUCCACCAGGCCUGUCUACAGCAGUGGAUCAAGAGCUCCGACACUCGCUGCUGUGAGCUCUGUAAAUACGAGUUCAUCAUGGAGACCAAGCUCAAACCACUGCGCAAGUGGGAGAAGCUACAGAUGACGGCAAGCGAGAGAAGGAAGAUCAUGUGUUCAGUCACUUUCCAUGUCAUCGCCAUCACCUGUGUGGUGUGGUCGCUCUACGUUCUCAUUGACAGAACAGCAGAUGAAAUCAAACAAGCCGGAAGAAUCCCAGGGAUUCUAGAAUGGCCUUUCUGGACCAAGCUGGUGGUGGUAGCAAUCGGCUUUACGGGGGGACUGGUGUUCAUGUAUGUGCAGUGCAAAGUCUACAUCCAUCUAUGGAGGAGACUUAAGGCUUACAACCGGGUCAUAUAUGUCCAGAAUCGGCCAGACACUUGUAAAAAGCUGGCGUUGGAGAAGCCGCCUCUCAUGGAGCCAAGUCUGGACAAUAAGGAGGCUCUGGCCCCCACCCAGUCGGACACAAACUCCUCCCAGUACACAGAAACAGAGGACUACGUAGGUAUGGAAGUGCUCCAUGUCUGACCAGCCAGUCCAUGCCAUUGGUUGUCCUCAUGCUACACACACAAACAGACCUACAGUGAAGGGUAGCAGUCAUGGAAAUGCUCAGUGGCUGAGGACCGACCGAACACUCCCCUUGCUCUGAUCCCAGACUGACUCACUGCCCUCUUCUGGUUAUCUUAUGUCCCUAAACUCCAUCCAGAGAGAUAGGCAGACCAUGACUGUCUUUUUCUAUCCACUUUUCUCCCUUCCAUCUGCACAUUCAGUCCACACUUUUGCCCCUUUUCUUUCCCAGGACUGGACAGCUUGUACUGACGUCUGUAAAUGUCUGAAGAGGCCUGGAGCAUACACACCCACUCUUGUAUGUACCAUACAACUCUGGGAGAGCGGGACUGAGAUAAACAGACUCAAAUGGCUCCAGAGGUCUCCACAUCUCUGAGUGGUUUGUUUGCUUGUGGGUUUGUUAAAUUUGUUUGUUUUUACCUCCUGUGAGUUUGGGGCUAAUUUGCUGUGGAUCAGUAUGUAGCGCGGUGCUUCAGAUCUCUGGAACAUUCCAGCUACUGCCAUCUCUGUUGCUGUAGUCUGUCUAGGUUCUGGGUUGGUCUCGGCCGAACCAGGCCUUGAUCUGGACAUAUAUCAAAGCACUUUUGUUUUGUAGUUCCCAUAAUAAAUACCCUCCCUUCCUCUAUCUGUUUUUUCUUUAAUAUAAAUCAAGUCUUAUAUGGGGGAGAGCACAGUUAAAUUUGACAUUUUCAUGCAUACAUAUAUAUAAAAACCCUCCUAUGGCUGACAAAAAAAGGAACUGAGUUUUAAAAAACUGAAUUGUACUGAAAGAAAAAUAUGUUUUGGAGCAGAAAAGCAGAAAAAAAUGUUUUGAAUAUGACGUGUGGUUAAUAGCUGAACAUUCAGCCACAGGACUUCUCUACCACAAUCUGAACUUUCGGAAGGCUUGUGAAUGUAAACUUUUUUUAAUAAUGAUUAAAAAAACAAACAAUAUGAAACUUUUUUUUUUUUACUGCAAUGUAAUUUCCAUGUGUUGAGAGAUAAUGAGCGCCUUUGAGGCAUAAACGGCAUCACCCAUGUUUUUCUAUCAUGUGAAUGACAGUAUUUACAGUGUGAUAGUCCAUGUGAAGUUUUUAAUAUGCUGAUUUGUUUGCUUAGUCAUUGACUAUGCCUUGAGAAGUCCACAGCUGCCUGUUUACAGUUUGUUCCUCCAUCAUUCUCGUUGUGCACUCGGUGCAUUACUGACCCCAAAUAUUUUGGGUAAAAAAAAAACAAAAAAAAAAACAGG